CCAUCGACCGGAGGCGUGAAGAAGCCACAUCGUUAUCGCCCAGGAACGGUAGCCCUGCGAGAGAUCCGUCGCUACCAAAAGUCGACGGAGUUGCUGAUCCGCAAGUUGCCGUUCCAGCGUCUCGUUCGUGAGAUUGCGCAGGAUUUCAAGACCGACCUGCGCUUCCAGAGUGCGGCCGUUGCAGCCCUCCAGGAGGCCAGUGAAGCCUACUUGGUCGGCCUCUUUGAGGAUACGAAUCUGUGCGCGAUCCACGCCAAGCGCGUCACCAUCAUGCCCAAGGACAUUCAGCUGGCCCGCCGCAUCCGCGGAGAGCCGAUGGCACGUACCAAGCAGACCGCCCGUAAGUCCACCGGAGGAAAAGCGCCCCGCAAGCAGCUGGCCACGAAAGCUGCCCGUAAGAGUGCGCCAUCGACCGGAGGCGUGAAGAAGCCACAUCGUUAUCGCCCAGGAACGGUAGCCCUGCGAGAGAUCCGUCGCUACCAAAAGUCGACGGAGUUGCUGAUCCGCAAGUUGCCGUUCCAGCGUCUCGUUCGUGAGAUUGCGCAGGAUUUCAAGACCGACCUGCGCUUCCAGAGUGCGGCCGUUGCAGCCCUCCAGGAGGCCAGUGAAGCCUACUUGGUCGGCCUCUUUGAGGAUACGAAUCUGUGCGCGAUCCACGCCAAGCGCGUCACCAUCA